AUGAACACAACUAGGGUUUGCCUUUGCCGUGAGGCCACCAAACCUCUCACGGUGUCAACCUCCGUCACGGAAACCGUCAACGGCUUCCACGAGUUCAAAAUCAGCGGAUACUCUCUCACCAAAGGCGUCGGAGUCGGCAAAUACAUCGCCUCGGAGACGUUCGUCGUCGGCGGUUACUCGUGGGCGAUCUAUUUCUACCCUGACGGGAAGAGUCCCGAGGAUAACGGGUCUCACGUCUCUCUGUUCGUUGCCUUGGCGAGCGAGGGAGAUGAUGUGAGGGGUUUGUUCGAGCUGACGCUUGUUGAUCAGAGUGGUAAUGGGAAGGAUAAGGUUCAUAGUCAUUUCGUUAGGGCGCCAGAGAACGGUCCUUAUAGGCUUAAGUGUCGUGGAAGUAUGUGGGGAUACAAGCGGUUUUUCAGGAGGACUAGUUUAGAGACAUCAGACUAUCUCAAGGAUAAUAGUCUCUUGGUACGGUGUCGUGUUGGUGUGGUGAAGUCGUGCACGGAGGGACCUAGGGAUCAUAAUAUCAAUGUACCAGCUUCUAACUUGGGCCAACAGUUGGGGAAUCUUUUGGAAAAUGGGAAAGGUUGUGAUGUUAUUUUUGAAGUUGAUGGAGAAACAUUCUCUGCGCACAAGCUGGUUCUUGCAACGCGUUCUCCAGUGUUCAGGGCGCAGCUUUUUGGACCGUUAAGAGACAGGAAUAGUGACCGUAUAGAGAUAGAAGACAUGGAGGCCCCCAUUUUCAAGGUCAGCUCUUUACUUCUCUUUAUGGGAUUUACAUAUGUUAAGUCUUGGAAUUAUCCCCUGAUACAAACUCCUUUUGCUCUAUUUUUUUCUAUUGCUCUUGUGCAGGUUUUGCUUCAUUUUAUCUACUGGGACGAGUUGCCUGAUAUGCAAGAGUUAAUAGGCCUAGAUUCUAAAUCGGCUUCUACUCUUGUGGCUCAGCAUCUGCUUGUAGCGGCAGACUGUUAUGCACUUGAGCGGCUUAAAACUAUCUGCGAGUCAAAACUUUGUGAAGGAAUCACUAUAAAUACGGUUGCAACCACCUUGGCCCUAGCGGAGCAGCACCAUUGUUUCCAGCUAAAAGCAGCCUGUCUCAAAUUCUUUGCGUCGCCAGAGAACUUGAAAGCUGUGAUGCAAACAGAUGGGUUUGAUCAUCUGAAAAGGAGCUGUCCAUCUCUACUAACUGAGCUAUUGAAGUAUGUGGCGAGGAUUAGGGAACACUCUGUAACUGCACCGGGACAUCCAAGAGAUAUAUUUGCUGAUGGUUGUGAUUCCAAUGGAAGAAGAGUGAAGCAACGGUUGCAUUGA